AUGGGGCUGAUCAGCAUGCCACAGCGCAAGAAGAUACUGUACGGUUUAUUCGGCAUCGUCGUGGGAUUGUGUGUCGGUACCCUGCUCCGGAGCUACCACACACUGGAGAUCGUCAGCAUGUGCAACUCGAUGAACAGUAUAAGACAGAAAUCGGCUCUGGACAUAAUCGGACUGCAGCCAUCCGAGCUGCCUACAAACUCGCAGCGCAAUCUCGUGUUCGUCGGUGUGAUGACGGCGAAGGACUUCCUGGAAGGGCGUGCGAGGGCCGUGUAUGACACCUGGGGCCGGCAGGUACCUGGAAAGAUGGCGUUCUUCAGCUCCCAGGACUCGGUCUCCUCGGAUCUCCCGCUGGUGGCGCUUAAAGGCGUUGACGAUCGCUAUCCACCGCAGAAGAAGAGCUUCAUGAUGCUGCACUACAUGUACGAGCACUACAUCGAUCGGUUCGAGUGGUUCGCCCGGGCUGAUGAUGAUGUGUACAUCCGCACCGAUCGGUUGGAGAAGUUCCUGCGCUCGAUCGACAGCUCAAAGCCGCAGUUUAUUGGGCAGGCUGGUCGGGGCAAUAGCGAAGACUUUGGGCUGCUGUCACUCGAGUUUGACGAGAACUUCUGCAUGGGCGGGCCGGGUGUGAUAAUGAGCCGCGAAACAUUGCGCCGGGUUGCGCCGCACAUUCCCACCUGCCUGAAGAAUCUCUACAGCACGCAUGAGGACGUCGAGGUGGGUCGGUGUGUGCAGAAGUUUGCCGGCAUCCCGUGCACCUGGAACUAUGAGAUGCAGUCGAUCCUGCACCACAACUCGAGCCGCAACAGGGCGUUCUCGGGUAAUCUAAAGAGCAAGGAAGUCCACAGUGCGAUCACACUACACCCACUGAAGAAGCCGGCGUUCAUGUACCGACUGCACGCAUACAUGCUUGGGUUGCGAGCGCAAGAAUUGCGCCAGGAGUCGCUACUGCUGCAUCGGGACAUCGCGCAGAUGACGACUCUGCUGCAGAUACCACGCAUCAACAAGAACCUAGCACCUGGUGUGCCGAUCUUCCCACAGGAUGAGAGCAGCACCGGCUAUCUGGGUGAUCACAACGUGCUCGGUGCGACACCAGAUUUGAACAGGCAUCGGCCACAAACGCUUGACGAGGUGGUUGAGUGGGAGUUCAUUGCGAAGAGCCUUUAUUCGGGCAUGCAUCCAAACCCGAAACGACGCACGGAAUCCUCGCUUAAGGAGGGCUUAAACGACGUGAUCCGGGAGAUCAUGGAGCACAUCAACAACUUUUCACGACAACGAGGUCGUGUGAUCGAGUUCCGCGAGCUGCUGUACGGGUACAUGCGCGUUAACAGCCUGUAUGGGCAGGAUCUCAUACUGGACCUGCUGCUGGUGUACAAGAAGUAUCGCGGGAAAAAGAUGACCGUACCGGUACGCCGUCAUCUCUACAUUCAGCGUUCGUUCACGGAGAUUCGUGUGCGUGAGAUCGUUGAUGGUGUCGUCCCAAAUCAGGCCGUCACUUCUAACCCGCGGAUGUCCGGAAAUGACUCCACUAAAGGGCUUUUAGAUGCCACUGCCAACCCGGGACCUCCGAAUGGUGCUAUGCGUAAGAACCGCAUUGUGCUCGUGAUUCCACUCUACGGUCGUUCGGAAACGUUCAUGCGGUUCCUGCGCAAUUACGAGGAAGUCGCACUACGACAGGACGGUGCCACCGAUCUGCUGGUGUCGAUGUACGUCGAACCCGUCGAAACGCCGAUGAUCAUAACCCUUCUCGACAGUCUCAAAGCGCGAUACCCAGCCACACGCAUCAACUACCUCAAGCUGUACGGCAACUUCUCACGAGGCAUCGCGCUCGAUCGCGCCAUCAAAUCGACGUACUGCUCGUCCGACGACAUCCUCUUCUUCGUCGACGUCGACAUGGUGUUCACGGUGCAGUCACUCGACCGGAUCCGGCACCACGUGAUCCGGCACCGGCAGAUCUACCUGCCCAUCGUGUUCAGCGAGUACGACCCGCGUGCGAUCGGUGCGAGUCUCGCACCGGGCGUCCUCAGCACGACGGAACGCCCCAAAUCGCCCGGCGAACCGGACCGACCGCGGAACUUUUCCGCCUCGUAUCGCGUCACGAACGAGAACGGGUACUUCCGGCAGUUCGGGUAUGGCCUCGCCGGUAUCUACAAAGCCGACCUAGAGCGGUCCGACCUGAAGGGCUUCAACACCGACAUCACCGGUUGGGGGCUGGAGGACGUCAAGUUUCUCGAGAACGUGAUCGCGCUCAAUCAGCGCGGAAAUCAGCGGUUGGCGGCCAUCGCCGACGGCCGAUGGGACCCCGAAGAGCUCGGCAUUUUCCGAGCGCCGGAUCCGUCGCUGGCGCACAUUUUCCACCCGAUUAAUUGUGAUACGAGCCUGGAGGAGGCCCAGUACAAGAUGUGUCUCGGCACCAAGGCCAACACAAUCGGUAGCUUCGAUCUGCUGGAUGAUCGCUUCAGCCACAGCCCUGCGCUGUUGAUGUUUGUCCGCACCCAAGCGCAACGGGGCAAUGGUUAAGGGUGAAGGGCUGCCGAGUUGCCAUUUCGAGUGCUGCCGGAUCGCCCCGUGUCCGGAGCCGUAUUGUUAGCAGU